CUGGGCUCGCUGGGCCUGCGGGUCUUAACUGGCAGCAGGAGUGGGGAGGGGGGCUGGGGCGGGGGCAUUGAGGUGAGGGCAGUAAAUCACGGCAGGCAGACGGAGCCAGAUCCUUUGGACGCCUCUGUGGCACCGCAUCUGUUCCGGAGCUUGGCCUGUGCUCUCCCGCAUGCCAGCGAAGCCAGCGCUGACGGUCGCCACGACCACGGCGAGAGUGUGAAAACGGCGCCGAUACUGCCCAUCCCUGCAGAGUUCGCGUCGAACUGCACCCAGCACGGCUGUCAGGGCAACUGUUCAGUGACGCCCGCCGGACCCAUGUGCUACUGCAGGAGCGCCUUCGAGGUCGGCCCCGAUGGGAAGUCCUGCAAAGACUUCGACGAGUGUGCAGUGUACGGCAUCUGCAGCCAGACGUGCACCAACACCCCCGGCUCGUACAGCUGCAGCUGCGUGGAGGGUUACCUGCUGCAGCCAGAUAACCGCUCCUGCAAAGCCAAGAACGAUCCGGUGGACCGCCCCCCGGUGCUGCUCAUCGCCAACUCCCAGAACAUCCAGGCCACGUCCCUGAGUGGCUCCCCCCUGCACAGCCUGCUGUCUACCAGCACCAAGCAGACCAGCGCCAUGGACUUCAGCUACGCCGAGGAGACGGUCUGCUGGAUUCACGUGGGCGACUCUGCCUUUGGCACUCAGCUCAAAUGCGCCCGCAUCCCCAAUCUGAAGGGCUUCGUUGAGGAAAGGACCAUCAACAUCUCCCUGAGCCUGCACC